CGUUUCCCAACGGUUUUUGCAACAUUCCAUUCAAUUAACAUGGAAAUGCUGGUGAAUGGACAGCAGUAAUGAACACUUGACACGACAAUACUGGGCAGCUUGCUAAGAUAAUUCUGCAAGUUGAAUAUCUGGGAACCCGGAACUCCAUCAUUUCAUUCCUCCCAUUACGGCCGUGUUCAUUCCUUCAGAGGCAACCCAGUCUGUCAUGCAACGGGACUAGGGUUGCGUUGAAGCAACCAAGCGCAAUUGUAAUAGAGAUCCCGAAUACAUUUUUGGCAUCUGAAUAGUGUUUGUUUCCUGCGACAGGGUGGUUGUUGUGAACGCAGCGGCAUCCACCUCCCUAUCAACGUCACUGCAUUUUGAUACAUUCGCAUCAUGGCUCAUCUGUACACACCGCAAGAAGAGGAUCGCCUCCGCGCAAUCCUCACAACCCUGCCCAAACUCAAUCCGGUCUGAGUAUCGCAGAUCCAGCGCGCCACGAGAAGCUCCUCUCAUUCUUGCAGUCCCAAGUGAGAAACAAAGACUGCGUCGAGUGGAUGGUCUGGAAGGUAGAUGCAUUGGAUGCUGUUCAGAAUAGUCUUUCGCAUUCAGAUUACCGAGUACCAUCGCUUUCCCUUCGCUUUCUAGGACUAUUGAUCGCCGCAGAUCCACCGCUCUUUAACCACAUCUACGCCAACUAUCUCCCGACGCUGAAUUUCUUGAUCGAUACUUUGGAUUCAGAAUGCCCACCUCAGCUAUUAUAUGGAUGCCUGGAGGCAGUGAGAAUGGCAUUAUCAAGUGAUGCAGCAGCGCAAUGGCUCCUUGACACUGGCAGAUUCCCAAACAUACUUUACCGUGCACUGACAUCACCCAGCCUCUACGUAGUUACUGCAGCCUGCAAGCUACUGGUCACCAUCAUCAACCACCCUGAUCCAAUCCCCAAAGGCCCAACUCCGUACCAUCACCUGCUUGCAAAUCUCAUUAUCACUGGACAUUUGUACCGUGUACUGCAAGCCUGGUUGCAGCCGACCGCGGGCGGAAGCGAAAAGCUGGCCGCUGUCGAAGUCGUAUUUUGGUUAUGCGGUUCAAAAAGCGAAAAAGCUUAUGCAGCACUGAGUGAUGGGGAGCUUGUCAAGACUGGCUGCGGCCUACUCACUGAUGAUGAUCGAAUAAUGAGGAACAGAGUGUUGGAUGCUUUAAAAACGGUUUUUGUGUGGGCUCCUGAUCCGUAUCGGUUGCUUUGCGGUACAAUCGAACGCGCUGGCAUCGGAGCGAGCGCGACAAAAGCCUUUGAGCUUUUCUGCCAGAUCAUGAGCGGCACAUUGACAUCCCAGGAGCACCUCAAGUUUCACCAUAUUCCGACACUGUUGGAUGCACUGGAGAUUUUGGCUGUCCUUGCUGAUCGGGCUGACGAUUCUCAACUACGUGAAUGGAUAGAGGAAGUGUUGAUGACGACUUUCUGGCGGUUGCAGGAAAGGGCAGAUAAAUUCAACGACGUUCGGCAGUUACCCUGGGAAAAAGGAGAAGAAAACUUUGGGAGAUCUAUAAUUCAACAGAUAGAGUCGUCCAUAAAUUCGGUAUCCCCACAUCAGAAAAACAUUCGAAAGCUUAGCGUUUUGUGCAGCCUUUUUGGGGCCUUGGAAAAUAUUCUGAAUAGUAGUCGUCUUGUGCAUCCGAGCAAUCUACGCGCGAUAACCCUCGAAGCCCUUUCGUAUACUCCUUAUCAAGAGCAUAACCCACUUGCUCGAGCGGUGCUCUGCAGUUUGAAAACUAUUCUAAAAAGGGAUAAUGACUGCGAAUGGAGCGUGGUCGUUGAAUGCCUAUUAUCAUGUCUCAAUAAUCCUGCCGUAAGACCCCAAAAUAUCAAACUUGGCUUGGAUAUAACCAAAUGGAUCAUUGACGACGCUGAUCGAAGCAAACGAGUUCUGUCCACACUCCCAACGCGCAUCAGUCAAACACUUACAAAACUCCUCGCCGACACUCGCUGGGACGUACGCGAUAGCGCCCUAGAAUUCAUGGGAUCACUUUUUGAAUGGGACCAUGAUUCUGUUUCAAAGCCUUGCCUCGAUUUCGCUCUCACGCAUCAUCUGGUACAAUUGAUCUUUGACGGGAUGGACGAUGUUGAUGUCUAUGUGCGGUGUACAUGCCUCGGAGCCCUAAGGCGCAUCAGCGAGAACCCUCGUGGACAUGUAUACCUAGAGACUCAUUCCCUCCUUCAUUCCCUCCUUACAAAAUUGUUGACAAAUUCUCUCCAGGACACGGAAUCUCUUGUCCGACGAGCUUCUGUUGAUGUAGUCGUGUACCUCAUCACAGAGAAGCAAGCCGAUAAGAUUUUAUUUCAGAUUGAACACUCGUUACUGGAUGCAAAAACCAUACGACAAGUUAUGGAAGAUAUGGAUGCUGAAGUUCGUGCCUUGGGUGUACGGCUAUUGGAAGCGAUCUGGGAUGCGGGAUUUGAAGCAAGUCCCGAGGAAGACGACCGAUGGUUUUUUGAGAUUGGUGGUGAUACCUUGUGUCUGGCAGGUGUCGAGGAUGCAUCGAGGGUGGUGCGGAAGGAAAUGUACCGGUUUCUGUCCAAAGUAGUAGCGAUGGAGUGUACAACGGAUGAGAUGGAAGAAACGGGCCAUAAGAGGGGCAGGGCAAGUCGUGGGAGAGUUGAGGAGUUUGUAAAGCGAGUCAAACGGGACGUGGAUAUGAACAGGCUAGGAGAAUCAUGUGUCGCUGAGCAUAUUUAUCAGGAAGUAUUGGAUGUGGAUGAAAGCGUUCUGCAGGAAGGAAUGGAAACUGGGGAGGGGAAUAAUGUAUUGGAAUGUUACGAUUGUUGAUGUGCAUGUUUUAUAUUUACGUAGAUUUAUUGCAUUUCAUUUGUGAGAACAAAAGUUUGUCUCCUUGCA